AAAAAAAAAACCCACAGCAGUGUUUAUAUGGGCCUAACUUGACGUUUACUCUAGGUUGUUUGGGUCGUUGCAAAGGUGUGACCACUAGGAUAUUCAUUAGAAAGCGUUAGAAAAUACUAUACUUACUGAUCUGGCGUUUAGUCCGAUGUAAGACAUGAAGGAACACAGGGAGCUAUGGAGAGUCGAUUCUGUGGUUUGAACGACACCGAAGACCUCCAGACGCGAAUUUCAAACACCGAGAAUAAUAUCCACUUCGAAAGUCUCUUCAGGUCUAAGACGCUGUUCGAGGAAAUCCGUGCCUCCAUCAACAACAAUGACGAAGAGGACCGCUCCUUCUGGAGGCCCGUGCUCCCUUGGGGCGGCGUCUUUACCAUUAAGGCAGGGCGGAAGGCCAUAUCGUGCACCCCCCUGUACGUCAAGAUCCACCUAAAAAACACCUGCACUAUCGAUGGCUUCCUCAUGAUCCUGUAUGUGAUCCUGCGGGACAACCAGGGGUUCCCCAGGGAGCUGGCCCUCUUCCUGGGCAAGCAGUUUGUGGAGUAUUUCCUCUACCUGAUGGACUCCUGUGACUACCCCACAGUGAAGAUGCUGUGGAUCUGGGACAGGAUGUCUAAAAGACAGUACCGCUCCGAGAUCCACCAGGCAGCACUGGAGAUCGACCUCUUUGGUAAUGAGCACGAGAACUUCACAGAGAACCUGGAGAACCUCAUGUCCACCAUGCAGGAGAGCCUGUGCACCAACUGGACCUGUCGAGCACGCUUCCAGGAAUUCAUCAAGACUACAAUCAACAUCAGCCCUCCUCAUGAGCUGCCUCACAGAGACCCCAUUCAGUCGGCUGUGGACGAGUUCUUCUGCCCCAAGCUCCUACUCUGCUCAGAACUAGGGUGUGAUGGUCUAAGGGAGUUCUCUCAGAGGGUUUUCUGCCAUGGCCCCCCACCCUUUGUCAUUCUCAACAUGCAGCAGUGGAAGUCAGAGGAGCUGUCCUACGUUCCUUACCACCUGGCUCUCUGUCAGCACAGGUACUUACUAGAGGGCGCCACACUCUUCAACAAGGAAGAGCAUCACUACUCUGCAGCCUUCCAGAUAGACGGCUGCUGGAUGCACUAUGACGGGCUGAGGACCGACAAUCUGAUUCUGUUACACAAGCCACCAGAGCUCCUGCUGCUUUCCUCUCUGGUCUACAUCCGAGCCUCUGACAAGUGAACUCGUCUUAUCUCAAGUGGACGCACAUGUGCAGGAGAAAACAAGCAGGAGUCGCUCAGCGCACAGGAGGGAAAGCAUUCAUCCACACUGCCUGUUGUUUAUUUUGUCAUGACCCAGUGGAUGGCUUUAUAUUACUCUAAUCAUGUUCCUGGGCUUAUCGCAUCAUUAGAGUUUUUGUACAAUUCCUGUCAGCAUUUGCUUCCUCUGUUAGCUUUAAGAGUGCUGAAUGACACAUGCUCCAUUUCACCUGGAUGCUUGCAGAAAGCUUACUGUGCAAUAUGAAAAUUACUUCUUUUUGGGCAUGCUUGGAAUCCAAGAAUAUAUGGACUAUAAUAGUUCUGGGUUGAUAUGCAUAAAUGAACGUAUCAAAAAAUAAUUCACAUAGUAUGCAUAUACCUGCCACACAGAGGAGACUGAUGUGAUUUUAAAAAUGUCAUGGUUGUGAAAUGGAUUAUACUGUGAGGGUGUAUUUUCUAUUAAGGAUCCUUGUAUAGGAGAUGACCUUGACUGUUUACAUUUAUGCAUAUCAGCCCUUUCCUUUAAUUGAAUUGGUGCUUUUUCUGUGUACACUGUGGUCUGAGGAUUAGACACAACCAAACAAGGUCAAAGUCCACGUCAGGGUAACUCCUUGUUUCUUCUUCCGAUGUUUAAAUGAGUGAAUGUUAAAAUACAAAUUUCUGAAAUCAUAUAAAUGUUGAAGAUUUAAAUAUUACCUGUUUGGCUUCCAGGCCACUAAACUGGCAGCAUGUCCAUACUGAAAAACUGAAUUCAAGAAUUUUAACACUCUAGCUCAGCACACACUGCAGUCUCCAACACAGGAAAUGUGUAAAUUUACAUGUUAUUUUAUAAUAGUUUUUUAACCUCAAAGAAUUACUGGUAUCACACAGUGCCUCUGCCAAGGAAAGUGAGUCCCGUUGAGCAUAAAUCCUUGAUCAAGGUUAGUUUUCAAUGGCUGUUUUUCUAUGCAGACACUGUCUUUAAAAUGCAAAUACAAAUAUUUUGGACUACACGUGUAUGGAUUUAUUUUGUUGCAUGGAUGGAUGUAACAAGAGCCACAUAAUAGCAGACUACCUUUUAAGGCAGGCAUUUAUUUUAAACUGGGUACAACUGCACCACACAAACUGACUUAAAAUGUAUGUAAAAUGUCUUCAAUCAAAACAUGGUAAAAUGUGAAAAGCUACCGUUCCUACACCUAAGGUUAUCUUGUACUUCCAGUAUUAAUCCACAGGAUAUAAAAUUCAAGAUCAUCACCUUACUCCAGACACACGGUGGGAAAUGUAAAAGAAGCAGAGUGGUCAUUUGGCUAACAUUGACAUCAGUUUCAAAGGAUUUUUCUUUCAGACACAAACAUUUGAGUGGCAGGCCACUGCGGACCAGGUGUUACUCGUCCAUCUGCUCUCUUUGAACAAGCACUUUGGUGAGAGUG